CUUGUAAGAUGAGAAUACGAGGUGAGAUCAAUGCAGGUUUUGUUAUUUGUAGAAUCCAAUCUUCUUCUAGAAAGAACACACCUUGUGUUAAUUGUGAGAGAGAGCUAACAUAAAGUCCAAUUACUAGUCUACUACACAAGUCAGGCAUUUUGAGCAAUCUCAAUCGAAUUCUAAUCUGCCAUGGAUGCCUACCUCCAGCUGCACUUGUUUCUCGUGCUUCUCGUGGCUAUCCUGGUUCUGUUUUUGAGGCCCAGAUGCUCGGCCGCUGGAGACCCGAGCGCUAGGCGGCACCCGCCGGGGCCGUGGGCGCUGCCCAUCAUCGGCCACCUGCACCACCUCGCGGGCACUGUCCCGCACCGUGCCUUGAGCAGCCUCGCCCGGCGCUACGGCCCGCUGAUGAAGCUCCGUCUCGGCGAGCUGGUGGUGGUCGUAGCGUCGUCCUCGGAUGCUGCGCGGGAGAUCAUGAAGGUCCACGAUGCCAACUUCGCGUCGAGGCCGCUGACCUCCAUGCAGAGGCUCGCGUUCCAGGGCAACGAGGGCCUGGUCUUCGCGCCCUACGGCGACGGCUGGCGGCAGCUCCGCAAGAUUUGCACCAACGAGCUCCUCAGCUCCCGGAGCGUCCAGUCCUUCCGCCACGUCCGUGAGGAGGAGCUCGGCUGCCUCCUCCGCUCCGUGGAGGAGGCCUCGGCGUCCGGCUCGCCGGUGAACCUAACCAAAGGUAUAUCGGCGUACCUGGCGGACUCGACGGUGCGUGCCGUCAUCGGCAGCCGGUUCAGGCAGCGGGACAGGUACCUGCGCGUGCUGCAGGACUUGCUGAGGAUCGUGCCCGGGAUGACCCUCCCUGACCUCUUCCCCUCCUGGAGGCUCGUCUUGCUCCUCAGCAGCGUCCCCGGCCGCAUAAGGCGCCAUAGCGAAGACAUGAAGCAGAUGAUGGACAGCAUCAUUCGAGAGCGCCAGGAGGACAGGGCUGCCGGCCAAGCCAAAGAGAAAGACUUCCUCGAUGUGCUUCUGAGACUUCAGGCGGAAGUGGAUUCCCAGUAUCCACUCACCACAGAAAACAUCAAGACGGUCCUGCUGGACAUGUUUGGUGCGGGCAGCGAGACGUCAGCUACGACGCUGGAGUGGGCGAUGGCGGAGCUGCUGCGGAACCCAGCGAUCAUGGGAAAGGUGCAAGACCAGGUCCGGCAAGCAGCAGCACUCGCUGACCGUAGCACGGUGACAGAAGCCGACCUGCCAAAUCUGCACUACCUGCGGCUAGUCAUCAAGGAGACGCUCAGGCUGCACCCUCCGGUGCCGCUGCUGCUCCCUCGCGAAUGCGAGAAGCCGUGUCAAGUCCUGGGCUUCGACGUACCAAGGGGGGCCAUGGUGAUCGUGAACGCGUGGGCGAUCGGCAGGGACCCAGCACACUGGGACAACCCCGGUGUGUUCACGCCUGAAAGGUUUGAGCAGGAUAAGCGGGACUUCAAGGGGACGAACCACGAGUUCCUGCCGUUUGGUGCUGGGAGGCGGGUGUGCCCUGGCAUGUCAUUCGGGCUGGCGCACGUUGAGCUCGCGCUUGCAGGGUUGCUGUUUCACUUCGACUGGAAGCUGCCGGGCAAGGAUCUGGACAUGACGGAGGCAUUCGGGAUCUCAGCAAGGCUGCGGUCUGAUCUUACCGUUCUCGCCGUCCCCCGUGUCCCGGUGCCCAUGAAGCAGUAAAUGUCAUCGAUAGUACUCUCUCAAUCACAAAGUAUAGUACAUAUUAGUUUGUCCUAAGUCAAAUUUUAUAAAAUUUGAUCAACUUUUACAAGAACUUACAAUACCAAAUAUACAUGGUAUGAAAAUAUAUUCCACCCAACUCCAAUAGCAUUGAAUUGGUACUUAGAAUAUGAUGAUCAACCAUACCAUACCAAGCAGGAAGCAACAAUGUCUAUUGAGUCGCCAAUUACCUUGUGGAUACCAAGAGCCUCUCUGACAGUGUCAUUUUUCGCCCAUAUCAGGGACAACACACGUCUGCAACGAAUAAGAAAUACUCUCAGAUAAGAAAACAUUGUGCUACAAAGUUAGUAGUACUAAUUUGUGACUAACUCUACACUCCUGAGAAAUCUCAGACAACUGAAUCCCGGCCCUGGUAGCGUAGUCCUCCUGCAGCUACACCAUCUCCCGUGGGCCUGAUUUUUUUUGGGCCGGACGACGAUCCCUGCCAGCGCUAACGUUGUCGGGCCCUCCA